AUGGAGAGGCCCGCCAAGACACCUGCCAUCGUCGCCGAAACAGACAACAACGCAAGCAGCAGCUGGUAUGACGGCACAGACGCCGACGCUGCCUCGCGGAAGCGCGUGUCGUUGUCGGGCGGCGAGGAGAGCCACGAUAAUAAGCCGCAAGAGCCGCCGCUCUCCCGUGCCAAGGCCAUCGCUCUUGUCCUCACCCUGACGGGAGCCGCCUUCAUCAAUACCCUCUCCGCGCAGAGCGUCGUCAUCAUCCUCCCCGCCAUCGGCAAGACGCUCGACGUCCCCGACAGCAGGCUGCAGUGGAUCAUAUCUGCCUACUCGCUCUCCUUUGGCUGCUUCCUGCUGCUCUGGGGCCGCAUCGCCGACAUUUUUGGCAAGCGCUUCAUUUUCAUUGCCGGCUCCGUCUGGGUCACCAUUGCCACGGCCGUCAAUCCCAUCAUGCCCAACGAGAUUGCCUUUGACCUGUUUCGCGGGCUGCACGGACUGGGCGCGGCCGCCAAUGUGCCCACGGCGAUUGGUAUCCUUGGUGUCACGUUUGCACCAGGCAAGGCGAAAAACUAUGCAUUUGCCGCAUAUGGAGCCGGCGCCCCGCUCGGAAGCAUCUUUGGCAGCAUCCUCUCGGGCGUCAUCGCCCAGUACGCCAGCUGGAAGUGGGUGUUUGGCUGCACGUCCAUCAUGGCGGCCGCCAUCUCCGUCGCCGGCUUCAUCCUCAUCCCGCCGGCCGCCGAGCCACCCAAGCUCGCUGCCAAUGCGAGCAUCGCAGCGCGCCUCCGCCUCGUCGACUGGGCUGGCGGCGCGCUCAUCACCGUCGCCCUCGUCGCCCUGCUCUUCGCGCUGACAGAGGGCAACGUCGUCGGCUGGCACACGGGCUGGGUCUACGGGCUGCUGGUCGUCGCCGCGCUGCUCAUGGUCGCCUUCUACUUUUGGCAGCGCCACCUCGAAACCAGGCCGGCCGCCGCCGGCCGGCCCCCGCUCAUCAAGGUCAGCAUGUUCGGCAACCGCCAGUUCCUGGCCGUCAUGGCCAUCAUGGGCCUCUUCUUCGCGUCUUUCAACAACUUUCUCGUCUUCGCCACGUACUACUACCAAACCUACCUCGGCUACGACCCGCUGCAGACCAUGCUGCGCUUCCUGCCCACUGGCGUCGGCGGCAUAUGCGUGUCCUUUGCCGUCGCGUUCCUGCUCAGCCGCGUGCCGACGGCGUUUAUGCUCGUUGCCGGCACGCUGGCCGUGUCCGUCGCGAGCCUGCUCUUCGCCGUCCCCAUCCCCACCACCACCACGUACUUUGCCUGGGGCAUGUGGGCGAUGCUGCUGUCCGUCGUCGGCGCCGACCUGACCUGGCCCUGCCUCACCUUCUUCACCUCGCAGGCCCUGCCGGCCGAGGACCAGGCCGUCGGCGGCGCGCUCAUCAACGCCGUCAGUCAGCUGGGCCGCGCGAUUGGCAUCGCGCUUGCGACGGCCAUCCAGACGGCCGUGCUGGCCCGCCGCCGGGGCGUGUCGGUGGAAAGCGUCGGACCGCUCACCGAGAUGGACAACCCGUCGCUGGCGAGCAUCCGGAUCGCGAGCUGGUUCAACUUUGCGCUAGGCAUCGCGUCCAUGGUCAUCGUGUGCGUCGCCUUUCGCAAGAUGGAGGUUAUUGGCAGGAUCGCGCCCAAGCCGGCGGCCGCGGACGUCGAGGGAGGCGUCAAGACCGGAUAA